UGAAAACCCCUGUCAGCUGGCCGGUGUCGUUCGCGGCGCUUCCUGUCUCCUACGGUGUAGCGUCGCGGCCACUCUGCCCCUUGCUAUGCGAGUACGAGACCCGCUGAACCUGUUACCCUCAUGACGAUGGGAGACGUUAUAUGUGAAGAAUUGGAGGAUCUAGUACACUUCUCGGUCCAUGAUUUGCCCGGUCGAGGAUAUGCCGUCAUGGAGGAGAUCCGACGGCAGGGGAAGCUGUGUGACGUGACGCUCAAGGUCGGGGAUCACAAGUUCAGCGCCCACCGGAUCGUCCUGGCGGCGUCCAUACCCUACUUCCACGCCAUGUUCACCAACGACAUGGUGGAGUGCAAACAGGACGAGAUCGUCAUGCAGGGCAUGGACCCCAGUGCACUAGAGUCUCUUAUAAACUUUGCAUACAACGGCCACGUGGCCAUCGACCAGCAGAACGUCCAGUGCCUGCUGAUCGGUGCCAGCUUCCUGCAGCUCCAGAACGUGAAGGACGCCUGCUGCUCCUUCCUCCAGGAGAGGCUUCACCCAAAGAACUGCCUGGGCGUGCGGCAGUUUGCCGAGACCAUGAUGUGCACGACGCUGUACGACUCGGCCAACUGCUUCGUCCACCAGCACUUUGCGGAGGUGUCACUGUCGGAGGAGUUCCUGAGCCUGCGGGGGGAGGAGCUGGUGGAGCUGGUGGGCUGCGAUGAGCUCAACAUCAAGGCGGAGGAGCAGGUGUUUGAGGCGGUCUUGGCCUGGGUCCGGCAUGACCCGAAGGAGCGGGAGGUGCUGCUGCCAGAGCUCCUGUCCAAGAUCCGCCUCCCGCUGUGCCGGCCGCAGUUCCUAGCGGACCGCGUCCAGCAGGAGGAGCUGGUGCGCUGCUGUCAUAAAUGUCGAGACCUGGUGGACGAAGCCAAAGACUUUCAUCUCAUGCCCGACCGCCGGCCCCACCUGCCGGCCUUCAAGACGCGCCCGCGCUGCUGCACCUCCAUCACGGGCCUCAUCUACGCCGUGGGAGGCCUCAACAGCUCUGGGACUCGUUAAAACAUUGCGGAGGUCUUUGACCCUAUCGGAAACUUUUGGGAGCGAUGCCAGCCAAUGAAAACGUCACGGAGCAGGGUGGGCGUGACUGUUGUCAACGGGGCUGCUGUACGCCAUUGGGGAUUUGAUGGCCAAUCGCGGCUCAGCACGGUGGAGGUAUAACCGGAGACGGACACAUGGGCGCGGGUUUCCAGUAUGAACAGCCAGCGCAGCGCCAUGGGAACCGUGGUGAUUGACGGCCACAUCUACGUGUGUGGAGGCUACGACGGCAAGUCUUCCCUGAACUCAGUGGAGUGCUACUCCCCAGAAACAGACCGGUGGACGGUCGUCACGGAGAUGAGUGCUUGUCGGAGCGCGGCGGGCGUCACCGUGUUCGACGGGAGGAUAUUCGUGUCGGGCGGCCAUGACGGGCUGCAGAUCUUUAACACGGUGGAGUUCUACAACCACCACACGGAUCGCUGGCACCCGGUGUCGGCCAUGAUCAACAAGCGCUGUCGCCACGGCGCCGCCGCCCUGGGCAGCCACAUGUACGUCGCCGGCGGUUACGACGGCUCGGGCUUCCUCAGCGGGGCGGAGGUGUACAGCGCGGCCGCCGGCCAGUGGAGCCACCUGGUGGCCAUGAACACGCGGCGCAGCCGCGUGUCGCUGGUGGCCACGUGCGGCCGCCUGUACGCCGUGGGCGGAUACGACGGCCAGUCCAACCUGAACUCUGUGGAGACGUUUAACGCAGACACCAACCACUGGGCCUUCCUGGCGCCCAUGGCGUGGCACGAGGGGGGAGUCGGCGUGGGAUGCGUGCCGCUUCACCCUGCCUAGCUCCGCCCCUCCACUCCCUUACUCCUCCUCCUCCUCCGUCUCCAACGACGACUAGACCUCCCAACUUCUCCUCCCCCCCCCCCCCCCCCCCCACCCCCCGGACUCAUCAUCUCAGCCACUGGCACACGGACAGCCGGCGGAGACGUGUACAAACUGUCGAUUCACACGCAUGUAAUGUCUCCAUGGCGAUCAGAGUAGGUACUCGCUGGGAGGUCGACGCGGCCCUACGGCAGCCCUUCAGAGACAUUCCUGGUUAGGAAGCAGUUGGGUAGAACUGUGGGAUUCUUCGUAAAAUCUUUAGUGGCCUUUUGUGGGACUAGUUGGUGUUCUGCAUAUGAUUUGACUGUAAUUAUGGAUUUUACAUUUGACUGUAUUGACCGGAAUAGCAAGAGACUGUUUUUUGGAAAAGAAUUGAAAUGAGACUUGAAUAGGGUGAACUGCUUUGAAUCUGUUUUUAAACAGUCACGUCCUUAUGGGAAACCUGCCUCUGAAUCUAUUUAUUUUAUCUACACACAUGUCAUCACAGAACUAUGGGGCCGAUCACACAACUGUUGAGCUGUGUUUUGAGAAACGCCCGCUGCACUGCUGUUGUCCAAUUGGACAGUGGGACUGCUGAGCUCCUUCCUGUCAUCUUCCUCACGUUUUUUAAACUGUGCAUAAAAGUUACAAUAUUUAAACUG